CAGUAAAGCCCGGGAUCUUUGACACGUAUCUGCACACCACCUCCUCUGGCCACUGCCCACUCUUCGGCAGCUCCAGGCCCACCGGAAUCCCGUGGACUACAAGUCCCGGUACGCUUCGAGCAGUCAGCUCGGACUGCACGUGCGCAUCCAGCUGCCCGCCGGAAGGACACAGCCUGGCUGUGUUUAUCUCGUUGGGGACGGAGUCGUCGGUUGGCGCGCAACGGGUUCUAGGCUGCAGGCAGCGCGAGGACCCGCGGCCCCGCCCCGGCCCGGCCUGGCAGGUAGCGGAGGCAGCAGGCCGUGCCGGGGGGGCAUGUUGCUGUAACCAGAGGCCCAGGGGAUGUUACGGUGGACGGUGCACCUAGAGGGCGGGCCCCGCAGGGUGAACCAUGCCGCUGUGGCCGUGGGGCACCGGGUAUACUCCUUCGGGGGUUACUGCUCAGGGGAAGACUAUGAGACGCUGCGCCAGAUUGAUGUGCACAUCUUCAAUGCUGUGUCCUUGCGUUGGACAAAGCUGCCCCCGGUGAGGCCCGCCGCCCGCGGGCAGGCUCCCGUGGUACCCUACAUGCGAUAUGGACACUCAACCGUCCUCAUCGAUGACACAGUCUUCCUUUGGGGCGGGCGGAAUGACACCGAAGGGGCCUGCAAUGUGCUCUAUGCCUUUGACGUCAAUACUCACAAGUGGUCAACACCCCGAGUGUCAGGAACCGUUCCUGGGGCCCGGGAUGGACAUUCGGCUUGUGUCCUGGGCAAGACCAUGUACAUUUUUGGGGGCUAUGAGCAGCUGGCUGACUGCUUUUCCAAUGACAUCCACAAGCUGGAUACCAGCACCAUGACGUGGACCCUGAUCUGUACAAAGGGCAACCCUGCACGCUGGAGGGACUUCCACUCGGCCACAAUGCUGGGCAGUCAUAUGUAUGUCUUUGGGGGCCGGGCCGACCGUUUUGGGCCAUUCCAUUCCAACAAUGAGAUUUACUGCAACCGCAUCCGUGUCUUUGACACGAGGACUGAGGCCUGGCUGGACUGUCCACCCACCCCAGUGCUACCCGAGGGGCGCCGGAGCCACUCAGCCUUUGGCUACAACGGGGAGCUGUACAUUUUUGGUGGCUAUAACGCAAGGCUGAACCGGCACUUCCAUGACCUCUGGAAGUUUAAUCCUGUGUCGUUUACUUGGAAGAAGAUUGAACCGAAGGGCAAGGGGCCAUGUCCCCGCCGGCGCCAGUGCUGCUGUAUUGUUGGUGACAAGAUUGUCCUCUUUGGGGGCACCAGUCCGUCUCCAGAGGAAGGUCUGGGGGAUGAAUUCGACCUCAUAGAUCAUUCUGACUUACACAUUUUGGACUUCAACACGUCUCACAUGUCAUUUGAGGAGUUGUUGGAAUUGCAGAGUCAAGUGGGGACUAAAGCCUACAAACAAUUGGUAACAGGAAGCAGCACUAAGAAGCAGAGUUCUAGACCACCUGUCCCAAAAGCAUGUGUUGCAGAUAAGCAUAGGCCUCUGGAGAUGUCAGCCAAGGUCCGGGUGCCAUUUUUGCGACAGGUUGUCCCCGUCAGUAAGAAGGUAGCCCGGGACCCCCGCUUUGAUGAUCUGUCAGGGGAGUAUAAUCCUGAGGUGUUCGAUAAAACAUAUCAAUUCCUAGAUGACAUCCGAGCCAGAGAGAAAGAGCUGGUGAAAAAGCAGCUGAAGAAGCGCCGUUCAGGGGAGGAGCAUGAGAAACUACAGCAGCUGCUUCAGCGAAUGGAGCAGCAAGAAAUGGCACAGAAGGAGCGAAAGCGGCAGCAGGAGCUACGCCUGGCUCUGAAGCAGGAGCGGCGGGCUCAGGCCCAGCAAGGCCGUCGGCCAUACUUCCUGAAGAAAUCUGAGCAGCGCCAGUUGGUCCUGGCUGAGAAGUUUAAGGAGCUGAAACGAAGCAAGAAGCUAGAGAGCUUCUUGAGUCGAAAGAGGCGCCGAAAUGCAGGCAAGGACAGACGGCAUCUCCCUUUGAGCAAAGAGUAGUAAGGAGCCGUGCUCAGCUCUGCUGCUGCCCCAGUGAGAAGUGCAUCUGUGGGAACACCUGUGGGCUUGGCCUGUUCUGGUUCUUUCCCAUUCAAGGGCGAGGGUCACAGCUGCCUUGGAACGCGACUAGCUCAGAGAUGACUCAAAGCCUCUUGGACUGCCUGAGGGCUGAAGAGGAAGAGCAGCUGAGCCUUCUGCCAUGCCACACUUCCCCUGCUUGCAUCUGGGUCAUCGUCCUUGUGUCCUUCUCCCAUCCUUGCCUUAAUGAUUCUGAUAUAGAAGGAAAAGGACCUUGAGGCUGGUUGAAGGCCAUAGAGUCUGUGAGUGGCUCCCAGGACUGGGACUUCAUGCAGGAGCCAGUUCAUAAACACUUCUGUGUCUCA